CCGACCCGAACGGUGAUGGGGCAAGGGCUUCCUUCCACUGAGCUACAAAAGUUGGCAUUUAUGGAGUCUCAUUUGUCAGCAUUUAAAGAGAACAAUCCUCAGCUAGAGGUUGUCACUGAACUCAUUCGUGGUCAACAUCCACAUUUGAAGGGCUUCUACAAAAACAAGAAUCAGCGUGUGGUAUGUGUGAAGAAUCUGACCCCAGAAGACAUACUCCUACAAGCAACCAGACUAAGGAAUGCAUUAGGAAGGAAAGUGGUGAAGCUGAAGACUAGGCAUGUCACCAAACACCCAAGUGUGCAAGGUACAUGGACAACUGACUUGAAAUUUUGAUCCUCUCAAGAGAACCAGCACUUAUUCUGGGUUUGUGCUACUGGUUUGUUGGAAUAUAGCUUUUGAGCAUGUUGGUGCUACAGUGGUUUUGUCAUCUAAUUAUAUAAUUUCUGUUUAAUAGAAAUACUUAAAUGGGAUUGUAUAAACAAUGACGUCAAGUAGCACUCAUUGGAGGGUAACGUUCCAUGUAGCCAAUCCCAUUUAGUUGGGAUAAUGUUAAGUUGUUUGUUUGUUUAGAAAUACUUCAUGGGAGUUUUUCUC